AAAAGGCACACUGCCUCCUGAAUACGACUGAACAUUAACCCUCACCGGCACUGGUCCUCAACUUGCUUUAGAUGACAACUUGAUCUACCAUCCGCCGUCAUUUAUGGCUGCGACACCUUUGAUGAAUGAAUUUCCCGAGCUAGCCCACCUUACACGCGAAGAUCUUGAAGACAUUCUCAAUGAUCCCGCUUACUUCCAGAGCAUAUUCCAUUCCUUGCGUCAAGUCAAGGAAUUAUACCAAGCUCAGGCAGAGCUAGGUAUGGCAAAUGAAGCCAUCGCUCGAACAAACCUAUCACUGCAGGACCGUCUGUAUGAGUUGCGAACUGAAACGCAAGAAGCCUUUGACCACGCUAAGUCUAUGGAGUCUCGAUGGAAGGAUCUCGAGCGCGAACAAAGAGAGGUCUAUCAAAGGUUCGAUCCUCAAUUUCUUUUACUUCGCCUUCGUCAUGCGACCACCGCGCAAGACGAUGCAUCAGAGGCUCUCGCGUCAUCAUUUGUGCAAUCCUCUUCUUCGCCCUCCUCGGGUAACGAUGCCUCAGAUGUGGAUGAGUUCAUUAGAGAAUUUAGAGAGUUGAGGAAAGUCUACCACAAAAGAUUGAUGUGGGGUGAUCGGUGGGCUUCUGGACAGGUGUCUUGGGAGGAUUGACUGGCUAUUCAUACAUUGGUUGUACCACUGUUAUUUCAA